CUCACCAGUCCUCACUCGUUACUUUUAAAGCUUUCCCCAACAGUCUUGAAACCAACCAACAUAGUUUUCAUCGAAACACACACAUACAGAGUCUUCAAAGAGAAGGAAAUUGCGUAACAAAAGGCUUGCACUUUCUCACAGUAGCAUUUUAAGGGACGCAUUGUUAUCUAUAUUAAGGUGACAUGGCUGCAUAUGCAACUCCGGGCACUCAAAUUCUGCCUCCAAAGCCUCUUGUUCGUGUAUCUUGUGCACUGUCCAGAUCAAGUAUUGCUUAUUUCGGCAAUGAAACUAAAGGCACGCCAUAUACAAAACUUAGAAGCUCGUCUUUCCUACCUGAAACACAGUCUUUCUCGAAGAUCCAUGAAAGAAAUCAGUCGAAAGAUGAAAGGUUUUGUGUAAAAGCAAUGUCGGGAGGUAGUGAUAAACAGCCUUUGCCAGGGCUGCCUGUUGAUCUGAGAGGUAAAAGGGCAUUUAUUGCCGGUAUAGCUGACGACAAUGGGUAUGGAUGGGCCAUUGCAAAAUCUCUAGCAGCUGCAGGUGCCGAAAUUCUCGUUGGUACUUGGGUUCCUGCACUGAAUAUCUUUGAGACCAGCUUACGGCGUGGGAAGUUUGAUGAAUCACGGGUGCUGCCAGAUGGUUCUCUAAUGGAAAUUACGCAAGUCUACCCACUGGAUGCUGUUUAUGACUCUCCUGAGGAUGUUCCUGAAGAUGUCAAAACAAAUAAACGCUAUGCAGGAUCUUCAAAAUGGACUGUGAAGGAAGUUGCUGAAUCAGUAAAACAGGAUUUUGGCACGAUCGACAUUCUUGUUCAUUCGCUAGCCAAUGGUCCAGAGGUCAUUAAGCCUCUGCUGGAGACGUCUAGAAAUGGUUAUCUUGCAGCAAUCUCUGCAUCAAGCUAUUCGUUUGUUUCUCUCCUCAAACAUUUUAUUCCCAUCAUGAAUCCUGGCGGUGCGACAAUUUCUCUGACAUAUAUCGCCUCCGAGAAAAUAAUACCCGGAUAUGGUGGUGGAAUGAGUUCAGCUAAAUCUGCUUUAGAGAGUGACACAAGGGUGCUUGCUUUUGAAGCUGGAAGAAAACACAACAUUAGAGUCAACACCAUAUCUGCAGGCCCCUUAAGAAGCCGAGCUGCCAAAGCUAUUGGAUUUAUCGACAUGAUGAUUGACUACUCAUUGGAGAAUGCACCUCUGCAGAAGGAACUAACUGCUGAUGAGGUUGGAAAUGCUGCUGCUUUUCUAGCAUCACCACUAGCAUCGGCCAUAACUGGUGCAGUUGUUUAUGUCGAUAAUGGGCUUAAUGCAAUGGGAGUUGGAGUCGAUAGCCCGGUUUUUGGUGACCUCAAUAUACCCAAAGCCCAGAAAAGUUAAGAGCUUAACAGUAGUGUGUUAUGGUGGAGAACUUAGAGUAAUCUCUUCUCAGUUGAAUAAAUUUGUGAUUGUACUUUGUGGAAAAUGAAUUUUGAUGUAUUAUCAGAGAUGGAUUGGUGUCGCAUUUUAAUCGGGAUUUCUAUUUUCAUUUAUUUUUUUUCCUCUUCUUCUGUAAGGAUGACUUAUUGGUAGUGGAAUUUGUGUUUUAUUGUUCAGAAGUUAGUAGGCUGAUUGAGUGGAGCAAUUUGCUUCCUUUUUGUAGAUUCAUCAUGGAUCGUAUGUUAUAUUAUAAAAUAUUUCAGAUGCUU